AUGGACGAUCUCAUGACAGGUUGUCAGUCGAUCGAAGAAGGAAUAGUAGUAUAUAAAGAGAUGAAAGACUUGAUGAGAAUGGGAGGCUUUCAGCUUCAAAAAUGGGGAAGCAGCAGUCAAGAACUGUUGGAAAAGAUAGGAGAAAAUAAAGGGAACAAAAAUCAGAAAAAAAGGGUUGACAUAGGAGUGGAAAAGGAAGUAAAGGAAGUGACAAAAGUUCUUGGUCUAAAUUGGAAUAGCGAAUUAGAUAAUUUUGAGUAUUUGGUUAAACUUCCUGCUGUGAGCACCCCUUUGACCAAAAGGAAAGUAGUGGCAGAUAUUGCUCGCUUAUUUGAUCCGCUUGGCUGGAUAUCGCCUGUAAUAAUUAGUGCUAAAGUUAUUAUUCAGAAACUUUGGAUGUCGGGCAUCGAAUGGGACCAGGAACUGCCAGAUAAACUAUUACAAGAAUGGAUAGCAUAUCGUGGCAGCUUAAUUGAUCUUUCUGGUUUCACUAUUCCACGAUGGAUUUACACAAGAGACAACAAUGAAAGGGUUGAACUUCAUGGCUUCAGCGACGCCUCCUGUCAUGCUUAUGCAGCGGUGGUCUAUUUAAGAGUUAUUAACAAUACGGGAGAAAUAUACACUAGCUUAAUCACUUCUAAGACAAAGGUGGCACCUAUUAUUCAAAGAUCAAUUCCCUUGAAUUGUGUGGAGCAGAAUUGUUAA